ACAACAACAACAACACAUAACUAAACAUUCAAGUGCAAAGCAAAUAAAAACCAAACCAAUAUCAAAAAGAAAAAAAUAGAAAAAACAAAACAAAAAAAAUCGCAAGAUAAAGAAUAUUUUCUGUCUUGUCCAGUGGAAUAAAAACAACAACAGCAACAACGACAAAAUCAAGUUCAAAAUCUGUUAAGCAAGAACAACAAAAUGUCUGCUACUAUAGUGCAGAAAUCAACGACGGUGGCUAAUUCGCACUAUUACGAGUGCGGCGACAUAUUUCAAGCGGUGGCCAGCGACCGCGAUCGCGAUCAUCUCCAGCAGCAACAGCAGCAGCAGCAGCAAGUGGAGCUCGUCCUGGACAACAGCAGCAUGGAGCAGCAGCACCAGCAGCCACAUCGCCUCCAUGGCGCCCUCACACGCACCAUUUCACAGCCGGCCCAGCAGCGCCAUCAGCUCAUCCAGCAGCAGCAACAACAGCAACAGCAACCGGUGGCCACUCUGGUGACCAUCAUCGAGAGCCUGGGCAACAUGAACCUGCACCGCAAGCUGGAGCGAACGCAGUCGGAGCCACUGCCACAGCAGCCGAUGAAUACCUCCAGGUACAAGACGGAGCUGUGCCGUCCGUUCGAGGAAGCCGGAGAGUGCAAGUACGGUGAGAAGUGUCAGUUUGCCCACGGAUAUCACGAGCUGCGCAACUUGCAGCGGCAUCCCAAGUACAAGACGGAGUACUGUCGCACCUUCCACAGCGUGGGCUUCUGUCCGUACGGACCGCGCUGCCACUUUGUACACAAUGCGGAUGAGGCCCGUGCCCAGCAGGCAGCCCAGGCAGCCAAGUCUUCCUCCCAGUCGCAGUCCCAGUCGCAGAAUCAGCAGCAGCAGUCGUCGCCGAACUUCCCGUCGAAGAACAACAACCAAAACAGCAAUAGCAACAACAGCAACAGCAGCAGCGGCAGCGGCAACAGCAGCAUCAACAUCAGCAACAACAGCAGCCAGUUCUAUCUGCCGCUGAGCCCACCGCUGAGCAUGAGCACGGGAUCGGACCGGGAAUCACCCACCGGCUCGCUGUCGCUCAGUCCCACCAACUCGCUGACCAGCUUCCCGUUCCACGACGCAUUGCCGUUGCAGCAGGGCUACAUGGGCUCCAACGGCGCCACGAGCAACAGUUCGGCCUCGUCCACAUCCUCGGCCUCUGGAUUGGGCCUCGGCAUGGCAAUGGGCAUGGGAAUGGGCCAGGGCAUGGCCAUGGGACAGGGCAUGGGUGGUAUGGGACACCAUGGACCCGCCACGCCGCCCGAGAGCCCCAAUGUACCCAUUUCGCCGGUGCACACGCCGCCGCCGUACGACGUGGUAAGUGGAUCUGGAGCAGGCAAUAACAAUGGCAAGCAGCUGCUGCAGAAGAGCGUUAGCACACCGAUGCACCAAGAGGAGACGCCCAGGUUGCCGGUGUUCAAUCGUCUGAGUUCCGCGGUGGAGGCCUACCAGCAGCAGUCCAAUUUGGGACUCUAAGGAGGAGCGAGGCAGCAGCCGUCCCCAAAAUUGAAAACCCCAUCCAACAUCCCCUCACGCCCAUCAAAGCAUCCCUCCAUCAGCAACAACAGCAUCCUUGACAAAAUCUCAGUAACGACCAAUCCAUGGAAACUGGAACGAGCUCCCGCAAUCUAAAAUCAAAAAAUCCAAAACAGAAAUCCCCAAAAAGGCAACUGGAUUUCCGGGGCGCUUAAUGCAGCACAAGUGUAUAUCAAGUAUACGCCACCGAAAAAGCUGGCCACUGCCAAGCACACACACACACACAUCCCUCCCCUUAAAUGUGAAACGAUCUUUGAUAUGAUUUCUCUCAUGCUGUGACAGUCAAUCGUUAUCGUAUAUGAGAAGAACCGAACCGUAGACGACGGGACGAUUAGGUAGAUAGAUACGUAACUGACAAACAAACAAUCCAAGCAAACGAUGAUCUUAAAAACUAAAAACUAAACACUAAAAACUAAAAAAAGUGAAAGAUAAAAACGAUACAUUCUUAAAACUGGACAAGAAAGAGAGACCGACGAAAUGAUGGACUAUUUGGAAUCUUCCGCGAAUGUUGCUCAAAUCAAAAUCAACAAACGGCCAACCAUGAACGUGAAUAUAUAUAUUCGUUCCUGCAUUUAUUAUAGGACCUACUGCAGUGCACCCAUUAGAAUCCCUGCACACCUGUCGCUUUUGUUCAAUAUUUAUAUGCCACGCACUUUAAAUUAGUCUUAUGUUAAAUUUGAUUAUCGGUAUAUAUACAUAUGGCCAGCACCUGUAUAUAUCCCUUUAUAUGGAUGGAGAGAGAGAGAUAGUAGAGAGUUGGUACGAUGUCUUCCAAUCCAAGCCAAUCAAUCAAUCAAUCAAUCCAGAUGAUAAUGAUAGACGGACAGAAACGGAGCUAAGGAAAUUCUUUAAUUUAUUAUUUUUUGCUAAAUUUAUGUAAUAGAGAACGUUGUGUACAUACGAGAGUUAAUAUUUUGAUAAAGUUUUUAAAUUAUAUUUAACAAUUACAUUACGAUUACGGUUAGAUGAUGAUGAUCUUGGAUGAUAUGAAUAUUAUUGAUGAUAUACCUCUGCAAUUCGUGCAACCAAUCACAACAACAAACAAACACCAACAACAACCAACGAGCAACAACCAAUUUUUCGUCUUGAGAAGAAGUUUAUAAUGGAAUUCUGUCAUUGAUUUGACCUUUAUUUUUGUUUGAAUGACUACGAUUCUUUGUACUGUUUAAAUCGAUCUAUGAAAUGGAAAUGCUGAUUUUUAAACACCAUAAUUUAUUUUCACGUCUAUUUACAUAAAACAUACCAGAUAUAUUUUAUAUGCAAUUAAUGUUAAUAAUUUAUGAAAACAACACAUGGACACACUCAG